ACUACAUUGGCGUUAUAGCUUUUAUAAUUAACAAUAAUGUAGUUAUGACUAUGAAUUGGACGCCCUUAAUGUCUUUUGUUCUUUAUAAUGUUCAAUUAAUUAGGGUAUAAUUUUCUAUUAUGAGGAAUGAAUUCUAAAGUGAUUCAUUGUUGGAAAGUUGUUUUCCCCUAAAAAGAAAUGUGUUAAUUGGAUGUAAAAAGGUGCAUUGGUCCACUCUUGAAUCUAUUUUCAAAAUAUCAGUUGGGGGAAAAUGAAGAGAUGAUAUACAAAGGAUGAAUAAAGAAGAAUGGGAAGCGCAACAAGUAAACCUAAGCAGCCUAAGUCUGGCGAGACACGUUUGUCUAACCAUCUGUCUACUGAUAUCACUGAACAUAAAUCUGACGAUGCCACUAAUACCACUGAGGAACGUACUGUUUUGGAUGAUUCUUUCGACACUGACAUCACAGUUAAAAACUGUAAUAAAAAUCUUGAACUUUAUAACAGUGCUUCUAAGCCUAUUACUUCUGAGUGUGAAGGAAAAAACUCUAUUUCUUCAAAUAAAUGUACAGAAUUGCAAGACAAAGUAACAGGAAACCAGAAUGACAGAAGAGCAUGUGAAAUUAUUUUCCGAGGACUAAAAGGUCAUUCAGAAAAUGAAUCAGACGCUGAACCGGAAAUACUCUCCUCACAUUCUCAAUUCAGCAAUUCUGCAGAUAUACAAGAAGAUUGCAACGAGAUUUCGAAUGUAGAGGGCAUUGCUAACAUCCCUCCAUUUUCCACUAAAAUGGCAAGAGACCAAUGCACAGAAAACGACCGAACACAAAAUAAUGCGAUAACUGGCAGCGAAAACGAUAAAUUGCAAAAUGAUGUAAUAAAUUUAGAAACAAAAAUUGAAGAUGAACUUCCUCAAACGAAUGACCUAAAUGGUAAUUCCAGUAAAGAAAAAGAAGAAAAACAUGUUUUAAAAUCAAAGUUUGAUGAACAUUUAAUACCAACUGCCUUUGAAAAAUAUAAACCACUUAUACAGAAGGAAUUAUUUUUGCUCCACCCUUCUCCGAAUGUGUUAGAGUCAGCACAAAAUAGCAUCCUGGGAAGAAAAGAUUGUGAUGUUCCUCGAUUUAAUGAUGGAAUGCCACUACCAAUACCAUAUCGCUGGGAUAUAAGUUACGAUGACCAUACCAAUGGAACGAAGAUGUGUUCGAGUAUACCACUUGCCAAUUUCGAAAGCCGUUUGAAACAGGAGGUUACAUCUUACGACAAACUUCGAUUGAUCUUCGAUGUCGUGACGUCAUUCACUUCUAGGGAACAAAUAGAAAUUGAUGCUAAACAUCUUGGUAUACAUAUUAAAGAUGAAGAGACCGAUAUUUAUGUGGAGAUAUUUCAAUAUCUUUGCAGUGUUGUAAGUAUUCCAUGCAUGACGAUUCAUGGAUAUCUAAGAACUAUUCCGAAAGAGAAAAAAGUGGAUUGGUCAGUUGUGAGUCAGUGGCUAGCAGUAUUAUAUGAAAACAAAUGGAUGUUGAUCGACCCUCAUCCAGUAGAUAAGAAAUUGUGGGAGUCUAAAAACUGUAUUAUGAUUGGUUCUUCAUUCAGAAAAAUAAAUACUGUUGAUUUUCUUUUCCGUAAACAAAUGGACAAACAUUUUUUGGUUAAUCCAACUGAAUUUGUUUAUUACUGUUUUCCAAACAAAUCUUAUUGGCAACUUCUAUGGCGACCAGUUAACUACGAAGAAUGGCAAAAUAUGGUUUUCCUUACACCUUUCUUUUAUGAUCUGAAACUGACAUUGAAAACAUCUCACACUUUUCACGUAGAUAUGACAUCAAAUAGUUUGAAAACUUUUAAAAUAUCUUUUCCGUCUAAUAAGAAGAUACAAUUUGCAGCACGAUUUUGCUCUUAUAGCGGUGAUUGUCUUGACACGCCUGAAAAAUCCUGGACGUUUGUUGAUACCGACGUUGACAAAAGCGAAACCGCGGUCAAGUUAAAAACAGCCCAGAAUGGAGUGCUUAAAAUCUAUGCUAUGGAUACAGAAUCCUCUAGUAUAUAUGUAAUGGUAUGCUGCUUUGACAUUUUGGCAUCAUUCGACAACAAAAACAUACCCGAUUGUAAAGAUGUUUGCGGAUUUCCGAGAAAUGUUUUGCGUUUCGAAUGGGGACCUGGGGUUGAUACAAGUAUUUGUGGUCUUGUUCCACUCUCUCACAGAGAUUCAGAAAUAACCACAUCUGAUAGUUCAGUACUUAUCAAGUUCAAACGUACCAAAGAUGACUACAUGUAUGACUUCAGCAUAGACACUACGUCUACUUCCGACGAACCAAUAUCAAGACGUUUUGUUUUCUUCUGGUAUGACACAGAUUCAAUAACAUACAGAAUAAGCAGCCCGUUUAAAGGUCUUGUCCUAUUCAACAUUUUAAAAAAAGAGACAAUUUUACUAUCACAUAAUGCAUCGGUGUGUUCGUAUCUUAUUCAUUUCCUAAAUGAACCAUCAUGUAAUUGCAUGCCACCGCUUGUUGAAGAUGGGAAACUUGGGAUAACAAAAGACGGAAGACGAGAAAGAAUCAGGUUCACAGAUUGUGUAAAUGGAAUUAUCAAAAGCACAUCUUCAGGAGAGGUAACUUUGCGUCUGCAGAAUUAUAGUGGUGGUCAUAUUGAGCCUCGUCUUCAUAUAAUUACGUCAUGUUUUCAUAACAUGAUCCGACAUGUUUUCAUUACAUAUAACGCUUCUUUAAUUAUCAUUCGCAUAAAUCUGCCUAGAAAAGGAGAAUAUUUGUUAUCGUUAUUUUCUGGUGCUGGAGAAACUGAUUCUAAAUGUUUGUAUAAUGGUUUAGUAUCCGUAACUAACCCUUCCUUACGAUGGUCUCCAUAUCCAGAACUAUGCCUUGAUCAUAUCAACAACAUUGGCGUAUUUUCGCCUAAAUCUGGAAUACUGUCAGCCAAAACAGAUAUUUAUUUUUCUAUUGAAAUACCUGAUUCUGUGGACGUUGCUGCAGUAUCAUGUAAAGGAUGGACGCAUCUUGAAGAAACGAGUAAACACGUUUGGGAAGGACUUGUAACAACAGGGUAUGCAGGAACGGAUGUGAGAAUAAUGGCGAGAUUUGAAAUUGGGUCAAAUGAAUUUUUACGACUACUGACUUAUAAGGUAAUAUCAGCUGAGGAAAUAGAAACGAAGACUAAACAUCAACAACUGUUAGUGAAGAAUGCUGGAUAUAUACUGGAAAAUGAUGAAAUGCUGAAGUCGCUGUUAGAUAAAGUUUAAAAGAAAUAUAAAUGUUUAUUGUUGGUGAACGUAUUUGAAAAUUCUGAUAAAUCUUUUAAAAGAGAGGCUAGAGAUAUCAAUUAUAUUGUUAUUGUGUUACCCUAGCUACUAUAUUUCAUUAUGUCAUAAACAUGACACUUACUGCAGCACGUUAAACAUGAUUUAUAAAUUGAAAUAGAAGACCAGGUCUGUGAACUACAUCAAACACCGAACUUGCAUAUUCAGCAGUAACAUUCUUAAGAAUGACCAUUAAAGAAAAAACAAUAUGUAAAGGCAUAUGUCAAUUUACAUGCAAAAUACGAUUAUUGUUGUAUCUGUAUAUUUCUGCCAAUGAAAUGGGUUGUUACAGCUUAAUUUGUUUGUUUAGGAUCGUAUUUCAUAUUUAGAAAAUAUUUACAACACUAAACAAAUUUAGAGAACAAUUACUUCCUUAAAUUAGUGAAAUUAUUCCAUCUUUUAUAAAUAUGACUGUCAGAUGAAGCAAUAUUUAAAUUCAUAUAUAUGUAUGUGUUCUUCAGUCUUGUGUGUUUAUGUUUAAUACCCAAUGUCUAUUGAGACAUUUUGGUAGCAAUCCUAUAAUUUUGAAUUAGAAGCCAAUAAAAUAUUCUUAUUUU